AUGGAGGCGGAGAGAUUUUUCAGCGAAAAGCGAGCGAUCUAUGAGGCCACGAGAUGCGCCGCGGUUCCGUUUGUGGCUCAAACGAGUUCGUAUGCGAUCGAGAUGGGUGGAGUUUUGUGCGGAGGAAGACGAGUGCACGAUGAAACACCCACAACGUCACAGGUGUCUCGCCCAACCGGUCGCCUCUUGAUCUUCGUCAAUCCGCACAGUGGCGCCGGCAAGGGAUUAGAGACCUUCAAUAAGAGGAUGGUUCCCCUGCUAAAGAGGAGAGCGAUCAACUAUGAGCUGAUCGUCACAAGUGGCGCCGGUCAAGUCGAGCGUUUAGCACGCGAGCGUUCCGAUUUGACCACUCUGUCGGCGGUGAUCAUCCUGUCGGGUGAUGGAUUAGUUUUUGAGCUUCUGAACGGUUUAUGCGCUCGUGACGACGGUUUCUCGCUGCUCCGCUCACUUCCACUCGGCCUCAUCCCCACCGGCUCCGGGAAUGGCCUCCUCGCGUCAUGCUUCUCGGCUAGGGGCUACUCACUGUCAACCGGGAAAUUCCUCGACAAGGCGCUCAAAGUGGCUACUUCAGCAAAUAGUGUUGCCAUGCCAGUGAACCUUCUCCACAUGCAAACCGACUCAAAAAAUCUCGUCGCUUUCCUCUCGUUUGGAUGGGGAUUAUUGGCGGAUAUUGAUAUCGAAAGCGAACGUUGGCGGAAAACCCUUGGCUCGAGCCGCUUCGUCGCCGGCGCGCUCAUUCGAGUGUUCAAUCUUCGCACGUAUCGUGGCCGUCUCUCGUAUUUGCCGUAUCGACGCGCAGAACGGCCGCAACAAUUGCCAACCCUCACCGUGCAUCCGCACUCGGCCGGAGACCGAAUCGGUGAUCGUGCCGAAGUACACCGAAGCUCAACCUCAUCAUCGACUUCGACUCGAUCACAAAGGGACACCGAUUCGGCCUACUCAUCCACGCAAUUCCCCCGUGUCGACGAUUCGAAAUGGAAAGCGAUUCAUUUGAGGGAUGGAGUGCCGAAUUUGGAAGAUGCAUUGACGAAUGAUUGGGUGACACUCGACGACGAGUUCGUCUUCGUUUAUGCGAUGACGAAAUCUCAUAUCGCCACCGAUGGUCCGCUGAUGCCGGGUGCCCGGGUGCACGAGGAUCGAAUCCAUUUAAGUUACGCGCUCAGCAAAGAUGUGACCAAAUUCUCGCUCGUUCGUUUCUUGCUCGCCAUCGAAAAGGGCACCCAUGUCGAGUACCCGUUUUUCAAGGUGAUUGAGUGUUCGGCUUUCCGUCUCGAGCCGCUCACCGCCGGCUCUUUCAUGGUGAUCGACGGGGAGGUGGUGGAGACGCGGCAGAUACAAGCGACGACAACCCACCUGCACACGCAUGUCAUUGUCGGACCGGAGACUGUA